GCAGUGCUCGAAGCCUGUUUCAAUAAGACACUUCCGGGCUCACCAAUGCAAGUGCUGGCAGCGGAUUACGUGGUCAGAAGCAUGACAAACGAGCCCGAAAAAUCUGCACAGCUUCUGUCUCACUUGGCUACUACCCAAGGCUUCGUGUCAGCAAUGCAAGGUUCUCAGGCGCAGUAUCAUCUUGCAAACUGUGUCAAAUAUAUGGAGGCCUCCUUCCCACGAUACGAAGAUUUCUACAAGCAUCAGGACGUACUGCUCGUGCUUCCUCGAGGGCAAGAGGAGACAGAGUUGCAUACCUCGGACGGCCGACUCAACCGAUGCUACGCCCAUUGUUUCGAUUGUGAGGGCGUGGUGGAGGAGAUCGACCUCAAGUGUUUGAGCUGUCUGCAAGGCAGCAACGACGAGAAAGUGGCAGCUGUGCCAUUGUGCGAAACCUGUGCAAACGAUCGGAAGGGCAAGUCUAAGGUCGUCACUUAAGCUCUCAAGUCGCUUCGAUAUGAGAAGUCGUGGUGAGGAAUCGGAGUCAGACCGAGCGGCUUCAACGAGGACUGCUUGUUUGGAGAUUCAAAAGUUGGCUCAUAGUAACGCAGAGGAUCCGAUAUUAAAAGUGCCUCUUGU